CACAGGCGUAUUAGACCCCCGAGGGCUGCUCAGGCACACUCCCUAGCUCCCCCCACUGAGAAGUAGUAUUUGACUGCGAGCGCAGAUAAGUUGUCAAACAGUUGACAGCUAAACUUCGACAAGCGGACCACACGCUUACUUGACACUUCAAGAAAACUUUCAUCCAACCCUACCACUUUUCAAAAAACACAAGACAGUCGGCGAACACGAACCUUUUCAUCAACUGCAACAGUUAGUUUACGGAAAUCAACAAGUUCCAAUUCUUAACCUCUAUCUCGUGCUAUUGUCUAAUCUCUGGAAGCAGCAAUUUUACGAGAACACCUCGCAACACCUGUCGAGUAGUGGAGUGCACACCAGACGUUUUGCGGAGAAAGGUGUAACAAUCGUGUAAUCUACCUGGUUAUUUAUCGAGGGAAAGCCUGUCGCAUGAAGCUAUCAGUUGGUCCCUGGAACAUGAAAAGGACAAUGAGUGAAUCAGAAAGUGACGAAUUAUUUGACGAGACCAUGAAGGGCUCACCCAGUCAAUCAUGCCCAGUGAGUGCACGGAAGAAGCGCAGAGGGAUCAUUGAGAAGAGAAGACGGGACCGAAUCAACAAUUCUUUAACCGAGCUCAGAAGGCUAGUUCCAGCUGCUUUUGAAAAACAGGGCUCUGCUAAGCUAGAGAAGGCUGAGAUUCUACAGAUGACAGUGGACCAUCUGAAAUACCUCCAUGCCAAAGGUAUUGAUGGAUCUUUUCACCCUUACGGUGAAGCCCAUGCGUACGCCAUGGAUUACCGUGUUCUAGGCUUCAGGGAGUGUGCUUCUGAAGUGGCAAGGUACCUCGUCACCGUAGAAGGAAUGGACAUUCAAGAUCCAUUGAGACUUCGGCUCAUGUCUCAUCUUCAGUGUUACGUGGCUCAGCGUGAGUUCCAGACACGACAACACUAUACAGUCUCUGGACACUCUCAGUUUCCUGCGCACACUCAUUCGCAGACUCCAGCGUUGCCGCCUCCACCUCACAGUGGUCCACAGCAUAACGCUGGAGGUGGAGGUGGUGCUACGUCGGAGCAUCAUCCAGCCAGUCUUCCUCCGGCCGUUACGUCUGUCAGUGAGAACUCACGUCAGAUGCUUCCCAUGAUCACGAGCACAAGUCAUGCAGAAACUCAACUGCAGACAUCUUGUCAUGGAAGACUACCCAUGCCAGCUCCUCCAACCGGUGUUGUAUCGUCAGCCCCCAUUGGAAACAGCCAGAGUAGUCAGCUAUCAACACAGAUAGCGCCCUCUCUGCCUAUCCACAGCCAGUAUUCUGUGCCAUACAACUCGUUGCCUGUCCUCUCACCCAAUGGCUAUACCGGAAGCCCUACCAGCACAUCGCUCAACUCACAUACUGCCCUGGUAUCCAAGCCAUAUCGUCCAUGGGGAACCGAAAUGGCCUACUAAAGACAUUUCAUUUCAACCAAAGAAAAAAAAAGGUACCCAUUAAUCGUGCUCUACACUCUGCAUGUGGGACUUAAAUUUUUCUAACGAAUGAUAAAUCCCUGAUAAUAUUUCUUUCAUAGUGUAAAAAAAGUAUGAUCUAGUACUUUUAUGAUGCAAUGCCCUACGAUUCUGGACCUAUAAUGUGUUACAUUUGACAGUUUUUCCUGUGUUCUUAUUUCUCCAAAUGUCAAUUUGAUAUUUUUGAUUGAUUUAUUAAAACUUCACCUUGAUGUCUCGUAUGGAAAUACACAAUGCAAAUGUCCUUACUGUUUUUGUAAAUUCUUUAUGUUCAUUGGCUUACCAAGCGAACCUUCAUUGUAUUGUAUUUUUCGUUGUUUUAGUUAUUGUAACUACAUGCAACAUGCAUGACUAUAUUAUUGUCUAUUUGAGGCAGAUAAGCAUUGCAAUAAAUGCGUGAAUAUUAUUUUCGUUGACCAUGUUGGCCGAUUAUGAGACGCAAUACUAUGAUAUCAAUUCAUCCAAGUAAAAACCAACAUUCCAGCAUCACCAGGCGCAUGCAGCGUCUGGUGAUAGAUAUAUGUGUGCCGCUGAAACAUUCCAAUUUAUCAUCUUAUAUUGCUUACUUGUUUUUCGUUUUUAAUUGAUUCCAUGUAAGAAAGAAAAAAAAGGCAGAUUUUGUAUUUAAGCGUUCGAUGAUUUCUGUAUCAUGAACCGAUUAUAACACAUAGAUACUCUGGGAAUGAACAGUUCAUAUUACAAGAGAAUCUAAUGUAAUGGUAUACACAUGGUAUAGGAAUCAACGAUUAGGUAGUUGUUAAAACAAGCUAAAUAUUUUCUCAUGUUGAGAAGAUUUCUCUUCAGUUAAUAGAAAUGAUAUGCCUGGCAGUUUCAUAUCUUUUCAAAUGUGUUCAAUCUCCACUUUUUAAAAUCAACUAUACAUAGCUUUAUUAUUUUAUGGAAAGCUAUUGUCACAGACUUGCUUAUCUAUUAAUAUUUUACAAGGAUACAAAUAAACAGUGACUUAUUAUCAAGAUCAAAGAAUGAAGUAAUCGUUAUAAAAGCAGUGAAAGUGCAACAAUUAUACCAAUUCUCAUUUCGUGGAAAGUGCAUAAUGACGAUCUAGAUACUCGUACUAUAAUCUCAGAUUUCUCGUGUUUUGAAUCAAAGAUGACUUGUGAUUGAUGGUUUAAUCUUCAUGAAACUAAAAAGAUUCAGCAUAACCUACUUUCGUAUUCAUCAAUCAUUCCUUUCCAAAAUAUUACUGUUAAAAUAUAGAUCGCCACAGUGGAUUAAAGAUGCAAUUCGUUAAAUCAUGAACUGUCGACAAUGUUCGACCCCCCAUGAUUAUGUAAAACCUUCCUGAAUUAGAAACGAUUGUCUCUCCCUAAAUUUCAUAUAAGCUGUGUAAUCCUCAAAGAAUAGAUUGAUGUAUGGGAUGCUAUAAAAAUAGGAGAGGGGGGGGGGGCGGACUUACAAAAUCUAUUACACUCUUUGAAACGAAGUGGACACUGUUCACUUGUUUAUUGAUGUAAUAUGUUGAUUCCUUGUUUCAAUGAUACACUCUAAAAAAAUAUUGGAGAAAAAUGCUCCGUGAGUGUAAAUAUGUGUCCAACCAACAUUGGGCAUUUUUAUUUUUCCAGUGUAAUGAAAAUUUUGCCCAUUCUAAAGUAAUUGCUGCUGUUGACGAUAAGCUUCCCUCAUCGGGUAAAAUACUGCUAAAAAUUGGUUGGACACAUGAUUACCCUCAUGCUGGUUAAAAUUUUACCCAAUCUUUUUAUACAGUGUACGUUGUUUAUGUUGCGUUUUUUGAAUAUAGAGUGUAA